CCCUCUCUCUAUUGGUUUGCUACUUUGUCACCGAACCUAAGUCCAUUUUUUGUCCGCAGGGAAUGCCGUAGCGUACUCUUCAUAACAGGACAUCUGACACAUAAAUAGCGGGAAUAUUUUAGAAAUCGAUGAACCACUAUUGGAUCGUAUGAAGCCCAGCAGGAUGGAUGUUGAGUCUCUGAGUAGAGGAGAGCUGCUAAUGCUGCUGAGCAUACUGGAGGGAGAGCUGGAAGCUCAGGACAUUGUCAUACACACUCUCAGGGCACAGCAACGAGACGCGUUUGUGCAGGAGCGAUACGGGAGAUAUGACCUCAGCGACCCCUUCAUGGCUCUUCAGAGAGACAGCGAGGCUAUGGAAGGUCACGAGCAGGGUCAGACUCAGGCGCGGGGUCACGGAGGGAGAAGCCAGGUCACCCCAAACCCACUAGCUGUCCUGAAGCUGGUGAUGAGCCACUGCAAGCGCAUGCAGGAGAAAAUGAUGGCACAGCUAGCGGCGGCCGAGAGCAGACACAGACGGGUUAUUGCUGACCUGGAGGAAGAGAAACGGCGCCAUGCCCAAGACACAGCUGAGGGUGAUGAUGUCACAUACAUGCUGGAGAAGGAAAGAGAGCGAUUACUACAGCAGCUGGAGCUGGAGAGGGUGCGAGCUGAGCGUCUGGAGCGUGAAUGUCACUCUCUUUCCACCCAGGUAGAGGAAAAUCAGGCACAGCAGCAACAGCUCUCUUCUAACCUGGCUAAGGAGUGCCAGCGUGCCAGUGCCCAAGCCCAGGAGGAGAGUGAGCGUGUUGCCCAGCUGUGCCGGCAGCUGGAGCAAGAACGCAGUGCCAUGCAGAAUCUACAAGGAGAUCUGGAGCUGGAGAAAACACGUGCCCUGCAAACGGAGGCCAGAAUCGAGCGCCAGCUGGCCGAGUUCGACACGGAGCGCGAGCAGAUGAGAGCGAAGCUGCGCAAAGAGGAAAGCCACAACAGAGAGCUGCAGGAACUGAUUGAACGCCUCAGGAAUGACAUGGAGGAUGUGAGGGACAAGGAGAAAAGAUGGAGGGAGAAAGUGGAGGAGGAACAGAAAGCAGCUGAAAAGGAGCCUAAAGUAGUGUCAGCUUCUGCAGCCUGCCAGACUGAGCCAGAUGGGAAAGCGGUCAUCACCGAAAAAGCUCAACGGCUGAGACUUAACGGGCAUCAACUGCGUAAAGAGAGCGAGUCUUCAGAAGAGAGAAGCGCCGAAAACGGAGGAGUAGAAAAUGGAGGAGCUCUGAGCUCACCUGUGCAUGCGCUCCAGUCUCUGUCUCCCAGUAGCACUGCCUGCUCAUCACUCUCCUCCUCGCCAUGCUCCUCGCCCGUCCUGGCCAAGCGCCUGGCUUCGUUAGGAAGCUGCAGCCCUACAUACCCAUCAUCCUACCAGUCGAGCGUGAACCAGCGCUUCCAUGCCGCCAGACACAAGUUCCAGCAGGCUGAUCAAGGUGGAGCGAUGCCCCUGUCGCCUCGUGAGCUUUCACCCACCUCCACACCAGUGCCCCCUCUAUCUGAGAACACCACUGCCAAGCAGAUGGCUCGCAACACUGUCACACAGGUGCUGUCACGCUUCACCAGCCAACAAGCAGCAGCCAAAGCACCCGCUCCUAACAGCUCACCGUUUGGCACUGAUUACCGUACACUUGCAACAGCAUCCUCACCCACCAGUAAAGGGUCAUGCCCUCUGUCGCCUGGCAUCCGCUCACCCAUAAUCCCUCGGGGGGAGAGAAGCUUUGCAUCUCCCAUAACCCAAAAGAAACCUGGCGUGAACCAGAAUCCAAGCUCGCCCGUAUCUGCAUCUUCGCCUCGCUCCCCUCACUUCCCCGAGCUCUCAAAUAGCUGCGGCAUCAGCAGUACGCAGGAGGGCGCUAAAGAGCUCGACCUUCUUAUGUCCAAAUCCAGCUAACCACUAACGAUAGACAAGGCUUCACCACUUCUUUUCAAAAUCCUUUUAAAUUUAGCACUAGGCAUGAUAGAAAACUGAUGUUCUGGAAACCGUGUACGUCAGUGACGUAUAAAUUGGCUUGAAGCAGCACUAAACAAAACAAAAAAAGGCGGCAGUAACAGAGAAAACGACUCGCCACAUACUAAAACCUGCAGACGAACUAAUGAGUCGAAUAAACGCUGAACGAUUUUUUUCUUUUGAGUGUUGUGAAACAGUGGAGCUCACCAAACUAAACCAAAUCCAGCUAACUACAGGCCAAUCCACAAAUAACUUAAAUUAAAGGGCCAUAUCCAUACACAGCUUCUCUUAGCUCCAUCAUUAUCCAUUCUCUAACAGAUUACAGAGCACUCCAAA